UUUAUAACUGUUUUUUAUGGUAUGCUGGAAAUGAGGCUUGUUCAAACAGAGAUGUAGCCGACAGAUUCAACAUAUCAGUAAGCAGCUUGCACAAGAUUAUAAAACGGCUUACGUAUUUUUUGAGUAACCUUGCCCCAGAAGUAAUAAGAUGGCCAGAUGAAGAGGAAAAAGUCAUUAUAAGCCAACAUUUUACAGAAAAUAACUUCCCAGGUGUGAUAGGUGCUCUAGAUGGCACACACAUUAGAAUUGAUAAACCAUCACAAGAUCCAGAAUCGUACUUCAAUAGAAAAAGUUUCUACUCCAUCCAAGCCCAAAUUGUGUGCGACCACAAACGAAGAAUUCGGGAUAUAUUUCUGGGAUUUCCUGGCUCUGUUCAUGAUAGCAGAGUUUUUUCAGCAUCACCUCUUGGUGAUCAUUUGGCAGAGAUGUGUGGACAGUAUCAUCUACUUGGAGACAGUGCUUAUCCAUGUCUGGUUAAUUUAGUAACACCUUUCAGGGAUAACGGUCACCUCACUAGGCGGCAAAAAAAUUAUAACUAUUUGCUUGCAACAAAUAGGUAUAUUAUUGAACAUUGCUUUGGAAUUCUUAAACAAAAAUGGAGAAAAUUGUAUCACAUAAAAAUGCACAAAAUUGCAGAUAUAGUUCAUUUAUUCGAGCUUGUGCAUUCCUUCAUAAUAUAUGUUUGGAAGAGACAAUUGUUAUAGUCCCUGAAAAUACAGAAUUGCCAAUAAACCAGGUCCUUGAUAAUACUGUAGAUGACAACAACAAGAAUGGGAAUGAGAGGCGAUAUGACAUCAUGAAUCGUCUUCCUAUAAUAUUGUAAACGUCUUACAGAAGACCUAAGGGUUGUUUGAAAAAUUGGAGUCAAUUCCUCUAACAGGAUCAGAGAUCACUCGUUUCAAAAACAUUUAUCUUCCUUCAUAUGUGGACUGGAAAAAACCAUAAAAUUACCCCAUUUUUUACUGUUAUUCUCAGCCUAUAUGGGAGGAUGAAAAAUGUUUUUACGUAAUUGAUUUACAGGCUAUUGAUCUAAUAAAAUGGUUCCGUGAAAAAAAAUUGCAGUCUGUGGAACGGUUGUUGCCCUCGCACUAUUCUCUUGGAUUACAUGAAACCUCAAAAUUAAACUUUUUGACUAAACAUCUAAAAAUUGGACAUUCAAGGCUUUAGAUAACUUGUAAAACCUUAACAUGAUCAUUUUUCACAGAUACAGCACUU